CACCUGCAGUAUGGUCAUCAUAACACAUCUUCGCUUUCCAUCUCCAUCUUCAAAGAUAUAGCAGCCUUUUCACACACCAUAUACAUUUGUUUCAAUUCAUUCUCUCGAUAAUAUCGUUCGCUCAUAUACUUCAUAGCUGCACUCUAUUGUUCACCAAACCGCGGCACGUUUUCAAAUUCCUGUUUGAUAGUGCACAUACAUCUGUACAAGGCGAAGUACAUUCAGUAGUCGUGCCAUCUGAUAAUUUAAACUUUGUGUGCCAGUCGCGUGAGGCCAGGUUCGUAGUACAGUAGGCCUUCCUCUCUAAUGUGAGCCCAGGCAAAAAUCUGGACUGGUUCCGGAAUGGUUCCAGUUGAACGUGAAUAUUCCCACACUACGGUAGGUACCAAAAUGAGGCGGAAUUUUGGCAUUCGAGCAAGUGUGGCGCACAAACGCUGGUCGACCUAUGCGGAGCCGAACGACCCACCACCCUUAUUCUACCGAUAUGUGAGGGUGGGGUGGGGAUACAGCGUUCGACAUGCCGCCGUCAGGGGCCAUGUGAAUAUCGAAAUUAUAUAUUGCAAGUCUGUUACUCACCUCAGGUCCAGUUUCCCAGAGAGGAAGUUGCGGGCCUUGAAAGGUGAAGUUAAUAAUGUCCAUUUACGAAACGUACGUGUUGCGGCGGUUAUACAGAAAGUGAGACAAAAUUAAUUCGAGCGAAAGACUCACUGCUUUCUGUUUAAACAUGAGCAGAAGUUUUUGGAUUUCAGAUAAAAUGGGCAACAGCAUCUCUGAUCACGGUGGUGAACCUUCAAACACUGAAAACCAAGGUAAAGCACCAGCUACAUUGCUGGUGAUCGAAGAAACAAAGCUAAAGUAAGUUUUAUGACCCGAAAUACUCUGUAAUUUAGUCUUCUCUGGCUGCAUUGUUUCUUUUAGUCCAACAGAGCUGCUCUGCGGUUCAUGUAAAAUGCACUAAAUGUGGCAGAUUUCUUAUCUGCCAGAUAUGCCAGCAUCCCGUGCUACGAACUUGGUGGGGGGCGCGGCCUUUUUCUUAUUUAAGGCAGGUAGCCUGGCCUUGUAGGUCAUUCCUGGCCGGGGUAAAAUCGCGGCAAGACUGUGUUGAAAGGUAGAAUAAACCUGGUAUGUUCGUUUGAAUUUCAUUGAAUUUUGAGGGUUGGUGUUCGUUGAGGGUGUCUUUCGUCCAGUUUCCAGCGGUUCAUGGAUACAGUGUUGGGAGAUGCGAAGUACAAUUUCGCAAUGGCAUACAUGGAUGAUGUUGUAGUGUUUUCUAGAAAUUUUCAGGAACACUUCGAACACCAGUCAAUCGUCCUUGCAAGGAUGAAUGAAGCGGGCAUUACGAUCAACCCCCGCAAGGUGCAGCUGGCAUCGUCUAGGAUCAGUAUUGUCGGCUUUGUGGUUGACGGAGGUACCAUCCGUCCUAACGACGACAAGCUAAAGGCGAUCACGGAGUUCCCGGUAACGUCAAAGCCUUCAAGCGCUUCCUAGUUCUCUUGCAGGAGCAUGACGCUACUGUUUGUCCAGUGGCUUUUGCAAGUCGCACGCUGAAUCCGGCAGAACGGAACUACUCCGUGACGGAAAAGGAGCGCUUGGCGAUAAUCUUCGCUUUCGACCUUUACCUGGACGGCAGUACCUUCACUGUCCAGACUUUCCAGGAACUUUCUUGGCUGCAGCGGCUCCAUAACCCGUCUGGACGACUUGCCAGGUGGUCCCUGAUGCUACAAGACUACUCCUUCAACGUGGAGUACAGGCGGGGCGCAACGAACGUGGUAGCAGACGCACUAUCCCGCGCGCCUCUACCGGAGGGCGAAGAGGAAGGCACCGAGGCGCCUUCUCAACUUCUGGCAGCAGCACAGGUGGCAGGAGACGUAUCUUCGUCUUGGGGCACGGUCGUGAGCAGAGAGCAGCUCCUAGACGCUCAGCUCGAUGGCCUUUGUCAGCGGGUGUCGCAGUGGAUAGCUGAGCAAGACUUGGCUGACACCGGAGUGACUGACGGACGGCACGACUCCUAUCUGCUGGGCGAGGAUGGCAUCCUGUUCAGAUACAUACCCCAGGCGGAUGAGGACGACGGCUGAUCCCCGUUCAGAGUCGUGGUGCCACGGAAGUUGCAUGCAACAACAUCGCGGACAGUGGAGGACUAUGGAGUCACGUGCCUCACCUGGUCGUUCCGCCUCAGCUCCGGCUCUCGUAGGAACCCUCGUCUCAGUGGCCACUUGGACUAUAAUCCACAACGGACAGCCCGUUUCCUGGGCGUCGCGCUCGCGAUGGAACAACCAGCCCCGACCACUAGGGGGUGCACGGACAGCAGCUCCAUUUCUGGGCCCCACUCUUGCCGAACGACACCCCAGCGACCCGCUUCAGCCACUGACGGCAGAAGAAAGAAGGCUUUUGUGCCCAGUCUGCCUGGUCUCCGAGGUGCACCGAACUACACAUAGACGGGGCUCCCUCCACCAAGCCCGGACCGAGGCCGCCCGCGCCACGAAUGAUGUAAACGCCGCUCUUGCCACUAUCAGACGCCUUAGGCCAGAGUUGCUAGCCGAUCCUGGGCUGCUCACGGCUCACGGUCCUGCUCCACCUCCGGGACCACCACCUCCGCCGGCCCCAGAAGAGGAUCUCCUUGAUGACCUCAUGGACUUGUAGGGGGGGAGAUUGUGGCAGAUUUCUUAUCUGCCAGAUAUGCCAGCAUCCCGUGCUACGAACUUGGUGGGGGCGUGGCCUUUUUCUUAUUUAGGGUCGGUAGCCUGGCCUUGUAUGGCAUUCUUGGCCGGGGUAAAAUCGCGGCAAGACGUGUUCGUCGCUCUGGUUGCUCGACUGUGUUGAAAAGUAGAAUAAACCUGGUAUGU